GUAUGUCAUGCAUGUAGGUUACGAUGUUGCACCAGGCAGAAGGUCACCUCUAUCUACCAUAUAAUCAUUUGGCAGAUGUCCUGCAUCACUUAGGGGAAGUUUUGAUCACUCCUUCAUCAACGAACCUGAGCUCAGAAUCCCUCAUUUUGUGGAAAAUAAUCACUACAAUUUAAUACCGCAGAAUACAAUAUAUCACAUUUCAGAUAAUGAUAUUCCUUAAAUGGCGCUUGAGUUUAUCUGAUUAUACAGUAAGCCUGCUAACUAGAUAUACUGUGUAUAUAUCGUGUGUGCACACAGCUUUGAGAGUCCAGUGGCAGGUGAUUGGUGAUCAGGUUCAGCAGCUCGGGGACCGUGUUCACAGCCAGUGAUGCACAAGCAGCAUGGGAAGUGUCAUCAAGGUCAACAGUAGGCCACUGCAGUUUUGUAAUAGGACACUCCAAGCAGAACAAGGAAGGAGGAGCUCUGAAAUGAGAAAGGAGGUGUCAAUCGGAAGGAAUUCAAACAGGAAGUGAACGGCAGAGGUGAAAACGUGCCGUAAAUGUUAUUGACCUUCAUCUGGAGAACACACACAAAUGGCGCCUCACCUGCUCAGCGCUGCCUGCCUUCUCUUUGCAAGGAUCACAAUAACACACCAAAGUACUCAUAUGAGCUCAUUGUACACAUUCCUGUUCACUCCACGUGGGCCUCAGAUGUUUCCAUGUCUGACGUACCUGGAGAGGAACGUCAGGGUGGACUGUGAGUUCCCCGCGACCAACGAGAUCCCGGGCCCCUACUGUGAGUAUCGGCAGGACAGCAGGCUGGUGGGCAGCACCUACCCCAACGCCGUCAUCUAUGUGUCCAUCGAGGACCGCAGGAGGAGCAACGUAAGCCUGGUCGCCCCCAAUCUUUGCCGCCUCACCUGGGCUCCGUUGGCGGAUGAGAAACCUUACACGUACACGUGCAGAGUUUACCAAGGCACCAGCUGGAAAGAGAACAGCAUGGCCGUGCAUCACCGGAUUCUUCCAGUCUGCUGUGCACUCAGCGUGACGUUUCAGUCAGCUCUGUUGCUUUUGUCACUGGUGAUGUCACUACCUGUGGCAGUGGGUCUCCUGAGUCCGUGAGCGCCUCAUCGUGACACGGUGGACCUUUUGAAAUGUGGUUUGCGACUUUCGCGUUGGUGGUUAGCUCAGUUGAGAUGAUGGCGAUGUAGAAUAUUUGAAAACACGUCACAGGGGCCUUCUGUAAGCACCUUUUUCAGUUCACGCUCAUCGGAAAACAGCUUAGAAACAUCACAGCUCAUGUGGGAAAAUAAUGACUAUUAUUUUGAAAUGCUAUUUUAAAAGGCUAGAUCAUUUUUGUUUUGCUUAUGAAUGUGGCCGAUUCACCCGUCUGUACGCGUUUGGAAAGAUAGCAAUCUCAGUGUGUCCCCCUUUGUUGCUAAUGAAUUAGCUUUCCUCGUUUUCUGGACACAGUAGUCGGAACACCUGCACCAUUCAUGCUACCAACACAAAUGAAUGGUACAGGUGAUCAAAAUAUUACAAAAUUCAGUGCUAUCAAGCACAAAUUCAUGUUACAGGGGAUCAAAAUGUUAGGAAAAGCUCUCUCAGUGUGAUGAACUUCUUGCAAUAGAUUGUGUGAGUGUACCUAAUGAAGUGUCUCGGCAUCACUUGCUUUAGUAGCUUUCUGUUACUGUUGAAUGUGGACUGAUACCGUCCCAUCUCGUAAAAUGUAUACUGAAUGUUGAGGCUUGUUCAUAGUAGUCAUGCUGUGCCACGACUGUGUAUCAACAAGUAGCACGUGAACUGCAAUCAGUCCCAAAUAGACAUGCUCAAUACUGGCUUUCUUACCGAUAUCCAAUAUACCGAUAUUGGCAAGCACUUCUUUACCGAUACCAAUAUCAAACGAUACCCAUAUUGACAGCAGCUCUUCCUUCGAGCUAAUGUCGUGUCGUGAAUGAACACAUUAUGCCUCUUUUACUGUAAUGGCGCCGGAUGCGUUUCACUAAUAAACACUGUUUGUGCAAAAUAAAAGAAUAUGCAAGACGAGUUUUAAGAAAUAGCCAUAUUUAUGUAAACAUUUUGCCUCAACCAAAUAGUCAUUCAAAGAAAUCAUGAUAAUAGUCAACUGAAACAACACUAUCAACAUCCGUGUAUGAGUAUAAGUAAAGUGCAAAGUAUGAAAUUACUACAUAAUACAUUACAAUUCAGUGAGAUUAUAAAGUGGGGAUCUCCUCCUAGUGAGUCUUCCUGAGAUGUGAUAUUAGAGUAGAAGCAUCUCCCCCCAUCACAUAACCAGCGCUUUACAGUCAUUGUAAAUUGCAUAUUUACAAUCUGAAAACCAAACUUGGAAAUCAUUCCAGACCACAGACAUACUGAGCUAGCAAGCUUUGUCGCUCUGUGGAGCGCGCUGGAGUUUGAUGAGGUCAAUAUCAAUGUAGAAUAUAACAUAUAAUUACAAAAAUGAUACAGGUAUGAUCCGAUAUCUCAUUUAUAUCAGCCCCAGUCAUGACCUUUGUCACAUGAAGACAAGAUGCCAGUGUUAACUCGUUAUAGUUCACCGUAUUGCCAAUAUCUCCGACCCCUCCUGUCGUGUUCAUCUCCCUACCCUUACGUUAGUGUCCCCAAUCAAUCACAUUAACUGCUCUUAAAUUCACACAAAAACCAUUCAUCACGACCAAGUUUUUAUUUACCGCUCCUUUUAGCUGUGAACACCCUCCUCUCAGAGUAGAGGGCGACAUGAAUAACAGUAGGGAAAAUACAUGUAGGCACCGAAAAUACUGUAUAUUCCAAAAUGAACAUGUAAUGUAUGUAUAAAAUAUAAUGUUCUCAAAAAAAUCAAACCUCACAAAACGCUCGGCAUACAUAAACAAGAUGGCCGCGGCACAUACACAAGAAUACACGGGCGGCGGUGCGCAGGAGACAAAUGCAACACCGAGCAUUUUGUGAGGUCAGAUUUUUUUGAGAAGGCAUUUUUGUGAUGCAAAUGUAUUAACCUUUUGAACGCAUAUUGCUUUGAGAAGCCAAACUCUUUACUUAAUUGUCCCCAGCAGCGAAGCGAAGUGAAGUCACUGUUAAUAGACUACAUUGCUGAUGAGGAUGUCACACAACUUCAUGUCAAAAAAAUCCGAACUAUCCCUUUUAAGGUGUAAAUUGGUCAGAUUUGACCCAAACACGACAGGAAGGCUACGGGGCGGAAUCGUGUUUUGCACAUAAAAAGGCUACAUUUGAGUUAAAUAAUCAUACGGUGUUUAAAAAUGCCUUUAAACGUUACUUUCAUAUCCUUAUACUACUGUAGUAAUAAGAUUAAAUACAGUAUAUGGGAUUAGUGUUUUAUGAAUUGAUUACUUUUUUGCAGAAUUGUCAAUAUUUGACACACAUGCCAUGCAUUGUCUUUUUUUUUAAACAGUUUUUUGUGCUUUUAUUCAUCUUACUUGAUUCUGUGCUAUUAUUUUUCACUUCUAACACACUAAAUCACCAAAGGUGUGCUCAAUGCUAUAACAAAACUAUAGCAAUAAAGGUGUAGACACUCACAGAAAACUCUCUUGUUUUUUCUCUUCACGCAUUUUGAGACCACAGCAUCACACUCAGUGGCCGCGACGACGAAUUGUGGGUGGGGGGAAUUGAAAAGGUGUAUCAGGGACCCAAGCAAUCCACACUUUUCACUCCGAAAACUCGCUUGCUGCUUUGGCUUUGCAGCAUGUUUUUUUUUGCAGCAGCACUUUGUCAGUGGAAAAAGAAAGCAGUCUCACCCGGUUUCACUUCUUGCUCUUUUGUUGUGUUCGCACGUACUCCGACAGCCAGUCCACCCUAGAAGAACCACUUUUUUUUUAACUUGUAGUGGUGAUGCCGCCGCAAUUCCAUACUUUGUGCAAAUUCACCGAAUGUGUCUGGUAAAUUUUGAAAA